AUGGCUAGAGCAAAGAAGGUAGCUGCUCGGCCUCAUCCAACCGCUUCGGGGCUUGAAGACUCUUCAACUGCAACUUCACCUUCUGCUCCUGGGGAAAUUGAAGCUCUUCCUCUAGCAAGUUCAACCCAGCAAGCUCCUACGGGUUCAAACCAGCAAGUUCCUGCUCCUGCAAGAGAUGAAGCUCCUGCGCAAGUUCCUACUAGUGCAACUCAAAGUGAUCAUUCUAAUCCGGUUAGUUCAGCAACUAUUAAGCGUAGUUUUGUUUGGGAACACUUUAAGGAGUAUGAUAAGGUUGUGAAGGGAAAAGAUGCUGAAGGGAAUGAUGUAGAUAUUGUUAAGAAACGAGCUUAUUGUAUUCACUGUCCUAGAGGAAAAAUAGGUGAUUUUGUAGCGGAUAGUUCUAGAAAUGGGACUUCGGGGAUGAUUAGGCAUAUUAAUCAAUUCUGCAGGUAUUAUCCCCCAAAUAUUAGUAAGAGUCAGAGGGUUCUUGUGGGAGAUAAAUCUCUAGGAAACAAACUUACUGCAGUAGCUUAUGAUCAAGAUGACUAUGUAGAUGCUUGCGUCAAAAUGAUUGUCAUGGAUGAGUUGCCUUUUAGCUUUGUUGAGAAAAAAGGUUUUAACCGGUUUUGUGGUAGAGUGUGCCCUUUGUUUAAAGUACCCUCUCGUAGGAAACUAGUUAGAAGGUUCCUAAGCAUAUAUGAUGCACAGAAAAAAGAACUAUCCAAAACUAUGAAGGAGUAUAGAGUGUGUCUCACAACGGACACUUGGACUAGUGUCCAAAACAUCAAUUAUAUGGUGCUUACUGCCCAUUUUAUUGAUGUUGAUUGGAAGAUGCACAAGAGGGUUAUAAAUUUUUGUGUUAUCCAAAACCAUCAAGGGGCAACCAUAGGUAGACUUAUAGAGUCUUGUUUGCUGCAGUGGGAGAUUGAGAAGGUCUUGACCAUAACUGUUGAUAAUGCAUCUGCAAAUAAGUCGGCUUUAGAGUGGCUUAGAUCAAAGAUGAAUAAGUGUUCAUCUUACAAAACAGUUUUAGGUGGUAAAUACAUGCAUGUGAGGUGCACAGCUCACAUAACCAAUUUGAUAGUGGGACAUGGCUUGAAGAGGCUGCAAAAGAGUGUUUUAGCCAUUAGGAAUGCUGUCAAGUAUGUUAGGUCUUCACCUAAUAGACUAGAUAGCUUUAGGAAAGCUGUCGAGAAAGAAAAGCUUCCUCUUACAGGGCUGGUUUGUUUAGAUGUCCCAACUAGGUGGAAUUCAACUUAUCUAAUGUUAGAGGCAGCCUUGAAGUUUAAGAAGGCUUUUGCAAGGAUGGAGGAAGAUGAUGAUGAGCUUUAUCUAGGUUAUUUCAAGGAACCAGAGGAGGAAUAUGAUGAGGAAGGCAAUGUCGUUCCUAGUAGGAACAAAAGAAACAGAGUUGGGCCUCCGGAGGAACCAGAUUGGGACAAGGCUGAGGUUUUUGUUGAUUUGCUUAGAGUAUUUUAUGAUGUGACCCUUAGAGUUAGUGCAAGCUUGCAUCCAACUGUGCAUACAACAUUCCAUGAUGUUGUUACCAUGGAGAGAAACAUAGAAAACCUCUUCAUUGCACCCGAGAUGGCAACUGGUUCCGACACUGAAAAUGUAUUAACUGAUAUGGCUGCAAAUAUGAGAAGCAAAUUCUUGAAGUACUAUGGUGGCUUUACAGACCUGAACCACUUGAUUAUUGUUGGACUUGUGCUAGAUGCAAGAUUCAAGCUUAGGAAUUAUUCACAUUUUUUGAAGGAAGAGGGUAUGGAUGAUGUUGAUGUGCAAAGUAGAACCAAUGAGAUUAGAUCUUUGUUAAUGGCGCUAUAUGAUGAGUAUGCACCGAUCGUAGAUGGUGGGAGACAUAUGCAGAGACAUCAAAGCCCUACAAGUUCAGGCAGCACAAUCACAAAUAGAAGCAGCAAUACGAGAAUUGGUGUGCGGGGUCAGUUGCUAAACUCUUGGAGAAAGGUGGUCCAAGAGAGUGAAGAGGCUGUAAUGGCACAUGAAGUUGAUCAAUAUCUAAAUGCUCCCCUAGAGUUUGUUGAGGAGGAGGAAGAUGGCUUCGAUAUUUUGUGUUGGUGGAAGAUAAACGGACCCAAGUUUCCUGUGGUGGCAGCAAUAGCAAGAGAUGUACUUGCUGUUCAAACAUCCACAGUUGCAUCGGAGUCUGCAUUUAGCACUGGAGGGAGAGUUAUUGAUGCUUUUAGGAGUUCGUUGACUCCUAAAACAGUGGAGGCUUUAAUCUGCAUGCAGAAUUGGUUGUUGGGAGAUGAUAUUGCUGAAGAGGUAGAGGAGCCUACAAUUGAGAACACAGAGUUCUAUGAGCAGGCUGAGAAAGAUCAUGAGAGCACUGCCUCCAGCAGAAAUACACGUUCAACAAUCCCGAAAGCAAAGGGGAAGGGAAAGGCUGCAGUGAGUACAUCUCGAGGUAUGAAGGCUUUAAUGAAUUUCAUGAGUGAAUAUGCUUGCAAUUCAGGGCAAGUAGUGAAUAGGCAAAAGUCCUCCAUUUUUAUGGGGAAAUAUGCAAUUCGAAGAAGAAAUAUUAUCAAACGUACUUUGGGCAUCAUAGAAAGUUCUCUUCCUUUCAAUUACUUGGGUGUGCCAAUUUUUCAAGGAUGCCCAAAACCUUGCUAUUUUCGGGCGCUAGCUGACAAGGUCAAAAAGUGCUAUCAAAGAUCUUCAGUGUGGCUUGGUUUGAAGAAACUUUGGAGGUCUUUUUAUUCUGGUGUGCAGUGA